AUGCCUCGAGAUGUGGCCUGGCUCCUGGUCCUCCAGAUUAUCUUACGGCCAACCCUGGUGAUAGGCAUCAAGAUCAAGAUUGCCAUCAAGAACUUCCGCACCUUACACGUUGACUACCCCAUGAUUAACUACCCGAAGGGUUUCCACGGGUACUGUAAUGGCCUCAUGGCCUAUGUGAGGGGCAGAAUGAAGGAUUGGUACUGCCCUAAGGUCCACUAUGUGGUACAUGCCCCGUGGGAAGGCAUCCGAAAGUUCUGCAAAUACAGCGAGAGCUUCUGCGAGAACUACAAUGAGUAUUGCACCCUCACUCAGAACUCCUUCCCCAUCACAGUCUGCACCUUGGGCUCUAAACAACCACCAACCAGCUGCAGCUACAAUAGCACGCUGACCAACCAGAGGCUGUACUUGCUCUGCUCCAGCAAGCAUAAUGCCGAGCCAAUAGGUAUCAUUGGCCUCUCCUAGGGACUUAGCUCAUAAACCAGUCCCACCUCAUACAGGCCUCUACAUGCCACCCCAAAGCCUGUUCCCAAAG